CCAUUCCAUUGAGAGAGAGAGAGAGAGACCGAGAGAGAGAUGGGUUGGAAGCGGGAGAAAGAGGAGCCCUCGAGGCGGGGCUUCGGCGAUCUUGUGAACCCUAACCCUGAUCCUAAUGCUCGAUUCGCGGCGGGCGAGGAGCGGUGCUCGACGCAGAUGGUGGUGCGAUCGACCUGCCGAACUGAAGAGGUUGAGCCCGGUAGGUUCGUCCGCAAGUGCGAGAAGACCGAGCAAACCCUCAAGGAUUGCGUUGGAAGGCCUGUCGAAGUAGUUGAAUCAAAAACUGAGCACACCGAAGAUGAUGUUACUGAUGAAGUGACCAGAGGAUUGUUUCCUUCUAACUCACCAACAAUGGAGCCCUUUAAUUUUCCUGGGCUUCUCAGUGACAUUGAAGGUAUUGAAGGGAGAUUGUUUGGUGGUUUUGGUAAUUUCUUGGAGGCAGCCGACGGGAUGGCAAAUGAGUUCUUCAAAUCUUUCGGAGACCCUUAUUGGCAUAAGCGUGAGUCGUUGCCUUUUCGUCAAUGGGAAACCACCGAUGGGCAACUGAAGAAGGAUCCUUGGAAGAGAAGAACAAGCGAGUCAGAUUCUUCUGAAUCCGCUGGGCAGAUGACAGAUGUAUAAAAAUUACUUAAAGUUUCUCUUCAUAGUGAACCAGUGGUUAUCAGAUGGAUUUAUUGAAGUUUAAUCCGCAUCAGAAGGUAGUUUUCAUUUCCAAAUAAUAAUGCUUCUAGAUGAAGUUUUUUUUGUGUCAAUAAAUGAAACAUUUUUUUUCCGAAAGAGUUCAGUAUCUUCUACAGCAGAUCAUUGCAAACUAUAUUUUGUUUCACUUUUGCUGUGUCUGUAACUUCAGAUUUGUCUAACAAAUACAUGAUGAUUGAGGGUUUGCAA